UAGGCGAAACGUCACUGGUAGCACGUCAUUACAAAAAAGGAAAAAAUAUUGUACAUAAAAUUUCGUGAUCCUCCAGAAAAAAUAUCAAAACGAUUAAUCGUGUGUUUACUAAUUCGAACUUAUGUUUUGAUUAGUCUAACCAAAUUCGUGCCAGUUGCAGGUGCCAUUUACUUAAACUACAAGCUUAUAAUGCUCCUACAAGGUGACACCUUUCAAGUGAACCGUGACGAAUAAAUAGAGUAAAGCUACCUGCUGCUGCCUUGGAGCUCGGCAGAGCACCAAUCGACCUACCUACGGAUAUAUGUGGAACAUGUUGCCGUUUUUUGAAGAUUCGGACGAAUUUAUCAACCAGUGGACGCUGGGAUUUUUGGCUCUGAUUGUCGUUUACUUUGCUUGGCGCUCGACAUACGUGCGAGAGGAUCGAACCAGUCCCAAUUCACAAGCCGCCGUUCUAAUAAUCGAAAACAAUUUGCGGCGAUUAAACCGCAUCACCCAACAGCCGGUCACCAUCAACAUACGUGAGUUUCGAAGUUCAUCACAACAGUCCAACAUCUCCAACGUGACCGAAACAGAGGAACUUGACCUGGAGAACGAUAGUAUCGCAUCGUCGAUCGACAACAUAACACAAUCAAUCCUAACGGAAGCGUCGGAAUCGGCCACAGGAUUGGACAUAAGCGACUCGGAAACCUAUCCUAGUACUUCGGCUCCGGGUGGUCGUAGCAGUUUGGAUGAAAUUGACACCGGUCCGGAGGAAAUAAUUCGACAAAUGGAUCGUGAUCUAGAUGAUUAUAAUUCGCCGUCGUCUGUGCCGUCGACGGUAAGACCAAGUUCAUCGACAUCUACGGAUGAGGUGGGUCUCCGACAGCGGACAAACGCCCACAGUGGCCAGCAAGAAGUCAGUUACCCUGACGAUGGAAGGGUUGGGGAGCGUAACGAGACUCGACCAACAAAGGAGAAGCUGCAGGCGAAGCAAAUCAGAAUAAAGUUGAAAUACUUGAACGACGAUUCCAAGUUGGUAGAAGGUGAUCUUAACGAAGGAGUUGGAGAAUUCAAAAAACGCAAUUUUACACUUGAACUGACAGCGAAGAAGCUUGUACGACUGGUUUUCAACGGGCACGUGUUACAACCGGACUCGAAAACUUUAGCCGCAUGUGGCUUAUUCGACAACUGCGUCGUGCACUGUUUGAUUCACAAUCCAAAACCACAGCUUAGUGGUAACGAUGCAAACGGAUCGGGUUCUAGUCCUCCGGCAGACAUAGGAAUCAGCGAUGUUGGUGGUAGCAUUUCGAGAGGUCUAGGAUUUGGAAAUAAUGAUCGCGACAACCGAACACGCUAUGGAACAUACUUCAUCUAUAUCGGAACGUUCAUUCUGUCGGCAACCAUCUCUUAUUGUUGGUACUGCCGGUUUCACUACGGCCACCUGUUCAACCUAAACUCUACGAUUGGCUUGAUCGUCACGACUACCAUUUUUCUAAUAAUGAUGCCGACGAUCAUUCUUACCGAUAGUCAUACGACUAACUAGACUUCUGCUGAAUUAAGUAAAAGUGUAUGCUACCAUUCUAAGCAUAACUGUUUCAUGUUCUAAUGGAAUCCCUAUAUAGGUACGUGGAGCAAUUAUGCAUAGACUGGUAGUAUGAAACUGGUGAGUAUCGAUUUCAACUGAGCAAAGACCAACCCUUUGUUUGAAGUUGACCUCACAGUUAAGCGUGUCGUGCUUUCCCUUCUGUAAGAUGUAACCCCCAAAUUUGCAAGUACCUUUCUAGAUCCAACACAUUAUCGUUUUUAUUAUGGAAUUACUGAAAAAGGAACAUAAAUUAUCUACGCUACAAUGGUUA